CCACGGAGUCCGGAAGGGAAGGGAUCGGCCGCCGCUUUGCCCACCAAAUCUGGCUCCUGAGUCCUCUGUCUCUGCUCCCGGAAGCCUGAUUUACCUGACCACCCAACGUACUCUUCUGAAGAAGAAAAGCAGGCAUCGGAUCUGCAAGCCAGUAAAAAUCAGGACGGAUGGUGGAUCCUUCCAGACUCCUGAAUCUUCCUGACCUGGGCCCCUGGAGAAGCUUUGAUCAGCCACCUCCACUCUUCCACCCAUUUGGGAGAAACAAAGUUGGCCCCACUUUUGAGAAACCAAUUUAAAAUCCCACAUCUCCAGGACUGAACUAGGCAAGUGGCCUCCCGGUGCACAGCUGUGCACAGGUGAUGCCAGGCAAGGCGUGAAGCCUGGAUUGGACCAUCUUCUCCUAGGAUAUAGCCCAGGAGAAAGGUGGGAAGUUGACUUCACUGAAGUGAAGCCACACCGGGCAGGGUUUAAGUGCCUCCUGGAGUUGGCAGACACGUUUUCUGGAUGGACGGAGGCUUUUGCCACUGUGAAUGAGACUGCCACUACGGUAAUAAAGUUCUUACUCAAUGUAAUUAUCCCUCACUAUGGAUUGCCUGUUGCCAUUCCACUGAUAAUGGGCCGGCCUUCACCUCAUCCAUAGCUCAGUCAGUCAGCAAGGCAUUAAAUAUUCGGUGGAAGCUCCAUUGUGCCUACCGGCCCCAGAGCUCUGGACAAGUAGAACACAUGAAUUAUACCUUAAAAAGUACUCUUACCAAAUUAAUCCUGGAGACCGGUGAAAAUUGGAUAAAGCGCCUUCCUUUAGCCCUUCUUAGGGUCAGGUGCACUCCUUACAGGGUGGGAUUCACUCCUUUUGAGAUUAUGUAUGGGAGGGCCCCACCUGUUUUGCCUAAAUUAAGGAGUACCCAGUUAGAAAUAUCCCAGGCUAACUUGUUACAGUACUUGCAGUCUCUCCAAGAGGUUUAAGGUAUUAUCCAGUCACGUGUGGGAGGCACACCCUAAUCUGGCUCCUGAUCUGACAGGACCCUGCCACCCUUUCCGUCCAGGUGACCUGGUGUAUGUCAAAAAGUUCCAGAAGGAAGGUCUGGUCCCUGCUUGGAAAGGACUUCACACCGUCAUCCUUACUACACCCACGGCCCUAAAGGCGGACAGUAUUCCUGCCUGGAUUCAUCACUCCCGCAUCAAGAAGGCUUACGAGACACAGCAAGAAACAUGGGUCCCCAAGCAUGGGCCAGGCCCCUUAAAACUGCGUCUGAGUCAGAUGCAGCCAUCAGACUAGUUCUUUGGGUCUAUGUUUCCUGUCUGUUCCUGGUCAUUCAGCCCUCAGCCCCCUCCUACUCUUUUCUCCUUACUUCCUUUGCAUCGGACAGAGUGCUUGCAAACAUCACCUGGAAAGACGGUACCUCCAAUGAAGUUUCCUUUUCAAUCGAUUUGUGUUUUGUUCCCAAAGCCCAGCCGUUCCCUCAAGGACCAGCAAAGUUUGCCCCUGUGGACAGGAGCGGGAAUUGUUGACCUUGCUGCAGGAUUUGGACACGUCGGAAGUGAAAGUGGAUGCGGCAGCUCGGAGGGUGCAGAAAUGGGACUCCAACAAGUGGAUUUCUACCUCUGUCCUGGAGACCACCCUCACACUACCUGCCGGGGUAGUUAUAAGUUUUUCUGCCCUUCUUGGUCAUGCUUAACUUUGACUACUUACCCGGGAGGGCCGACCUGGUCUCCAAUCCUUUCCAUAGCCCGAACCUCUCGUCCUGAACUGUGUACCAUGGGAGCCUGUAAUCCCAUAACUAUGACUGUUCAUAACCCUAACUCUGUUCAAUGGUACUACAGUAUAACAUUGGGACUGCGACUCUAUAUCGGAGGGUUUGAUCUUGGAACUAUGUUUACCAUUCAGAAGAGGGUCUUGAUCCCCUGGAGCCCCCCUAAACCCAUAGGUCCUUUAACUGAUUUAGGGGACCCUAUGUUCCACCCACACCCAGAUAAGGUCAGCCCCACUGGCCCAACUGCCCCAUUGCCAGUCCAGGCUCCCCAACUCCGACUGCAACCCCAGCACCUCCAACCCAGCUUAAUGUCCGUCUUAGGAGGAGUACACCACCUCCUUAAUAUUACUCAGCCUAAGCUGGCCCAAGACUGUUGGUUGUGCCUGAAGGCCAAACCUCCAUAUUAUGUUGGAUUGGGAGUUGAGGUUAAGUUAAAGCCUGGUCCUCUUUCGUGUCGUGCCUGUCCUCACUCCGUUACAUUAGGGGAUGUUUCAGGAAACGCCUCCUGCCUAGUCAGUUAGGGGUACAACCUAUCUGCUUCCCCCUUUCCAGGUCACCUGUAAUCGGUCUCUGCCUACUUCCCUGACUACUUCAGUCUCCCACCAGGCACCAAAUAACACUUGGCUGGCUUGCACCUCAGGCCUCACCCGCUGCAUUAAUGGGACUGAACCUGGACCCCUCCUGUGCCUGCUAGUUCAUGUACUUCCUCAGGUUUAUGUCUACAGCAGACAGAGGGACAGCUUCUCAGUGCCCCUCCUGAACUGCACCCCAGAGUGCGCUGAGGUGCCCCUCUCCUAGUCCGCCUUUUGGCUGGCCUCAGUGUGGCUGGGUCAACAGCAAUCAGCACAGCAGCACUAGUCCGAGGAGAAACUGGACUGGAUUCCCUAACCCAACAAGUAGAUGCUGAUUUGAGGAAUGUCCAGUCAGCCAUAACUACACUGCAUGCCCAGGUUGAUUCCUUAGCUGAAGCAGUCCUCCAAGGCCGCCGCGGCCUGGACCUGGUGUUUCUCUCCCGAGGGGGUUUGUGUGCAGCGUUGGGGGAAAGCUGUUGUUUUUAUGCUAACCGGCCUGGAGUCAUAAGAGACACUCUUCAAAAGGUUCGAGGAAAUAUAGAUAGACACCAACAGGAAUGAAAAAGUAACACCCCAUGACACCAGGGCAUGUUUAACUGGAACCCUGGCCGACUACUUUAAUGACUGGAACAGCAGGACCUCUUCUCCUCCUCCUGUUGGGAUUAAUUUGUGGGCCCUGUCUAUUAAAUUGGUUUAUUAAUUUUGUAAAACGGGGCGUAGCAGCUGUCAAACAUAUAUGUCUUAGAACCCAAUAUAACCCUCUCACUGUAACUGAGCAAUCAGUGAUUUGAUUCCCCAAAACACACAAGUGGGGAAUGUGAUACCCUGUUUUUUGCCAGCUACAACUAAGUCUCCUUUUCCUGACUAAAAGCUGUUCAGGCUUUAUGUUAGCUUCUUGAGCCGGACAGACGCCAUCUUAGCUUCUUGAUUUUAGUAACCUUCUCCCCACUAAGUAUGUAACUAUAGUAUAAAGCAAGGUCAGACUGACUCUGGGCACCCAGGAAUGCCUUUGCUGAUAAGAGGCUGAGUUAAGUGGUGUCAGCAGAGCCUGGAAACGCAGCUGCAGUGAGCGUCCCAAGCCCCCUUGUCUAUAAGUUGUAUGUCUUCCAUGACAGCUGCACUCCUCACACCUGGCACUGUUUCAUUUCUUAUGUAUCAGUUUUUCUUUCUAACUUUUUGCUUACUCUGCCUUUGUGAAAGCUUUGUUUCAGCUAAGUUCCCCCCUUCCUGUUAAAACUAGUGUAAAAAAGACCACCUAUCUUUUUCUUUGGGGCCGGGAGAAUUUUGGGCGUUAGCCACUCUUGGUCGCCGGCUUAAUGAAGGACUCAUAAUUCAUUCUCAGAGUGUGGCGCAUUCCUUGACUCACUCGGGUACAACAGUGUGUAUACUGUAUUUGAUGGCUAGUCAUUCUAAUUGGCAGAAACAAUUUUUAUGGCUUGCUGCUAGCCAAUAAAAUAUGGGAAAGCUGAUGGGCUGUCCCUUCCAUGACUGCAUUAUUUCGCGUAAGACUGUCUUGCUAGCUGACCCACUCCAGAGGCUCUGUCUUCCUAGCUGGCUGCGAAGAGGAAAGCAGCCACUUUAGGAGCGCUACAUGACAAGGAGCUGUGGUGACCUCUAGGAGCUCCGAGCAGCCUCCAGCCCCAGCCUGCAGGGAGUUGGGUCCCUCAGUCCUAUGACUGUAAAGAAAUGAAUUCUGUCAGUGACCUGAGUGGUCUGGAAAAAGGAUUAUCCCGCAGUCAAGACUCCAGAUGAGGCAACAGCCUGGACAGCACCUUGACUUUUGCUUUGUGAAGUUCUGAGCAGAGAAGCCCACUCAGCUCUGCCUGGACUGAAGUGAUAAAAGCAUACUGUUUUACUUAUUAAUUUAUUUUUGAGGCAGGAUCUCGCUCUGUUGCCCAGGCUGGAUGCAAUGGCACAAUAUCGGCUCACUGCCACCUCCACCUCCUGGGUUCAAACGAUUCUUGUGCCUCAGCCUUCCAAGUACUUGGGAUUAUAGGGAUGUGCCACCCCACUGGGCAAUUUUUUUUUUUUUCAUAAAGAUGAGUUUCACUGUGUUGGUCAGUCUGGAAAAGUGUACUGUUUGAAACCACUAAGUUUGUGGUAAUUUGUUAUGCAGCAAUAGAUCACUAACACAUUAGGUAAGGGAAACAGGCAGUGGCAACAACACGAACCUGAAGAGGACAAAGAGAAUAACUUGUGUUUCCAGCCCGGACCCGUUGCCUGGACUGCACAUUUAUUACUGACCUGCCUGCUCCACAUCUCCACGGGGAUCCCUAGUAAGCUCCUCAACCCAAACCUAUCCAAAGCUGACCUCCAGAUUCUGUGCUGGCUCCUCCCCCGGCCUCCACAGUCUGCUUCUCCCUCAGUUUCCCCAUCUCAGUAAGUGGCAACUCCAUCUGGACCA